CUUCAUCUCAUUGCACACUCGUCGCGCUGGCGAACCAACAAUGAAGAUAAAUAAGCAGCCCAAGCGGCUGGGACCAAUACACCCCGACGUAUCGGCCCUCAUCAAUGCCAUUCUUGCAGCUCCGAAAGACGAGCUUCCUACCCUACUCUCGACCAUCCAGACAUGGCAGUAUCCCAGAUGUGAUCUUCAUGCCUGGUCAGCUGUGCUGAAUAAGUUCGAUGAGAUCCUCGAGCAAAUCAUCAAUGACUAUGAGGUCGACCAACUCCAGGUCAAUGACUUCACUCCAAGCGCACGAGCACUUCUAUCAGAGAUCUUGAGGUUUGAAAGGCUGUUGUUGGAUAACUCAACAAACAGAAAGAUCUAUGCGAGCUAUGAUCGACUAAAUGCACUCCUUUCUACCACCGACUUGGACGUUCUCGUCCUCACACUCAAGCUGUUCUUGCGUCCUGCGCAACAGUACUCCUCACAAGUCUCACUGUCGCAGUCGCUGGCUCUCUCCACCCCACGACUCUCAACUCUCUGUAUGCGCUUCCCCACCGUACAGGACAACAACCUCGAGCUCGCUGCUCUUGUGUCCAGCACGGGGCCCUCAUCUGAACUCGACCUCCCACAAACAGAGCUCCAGUUCAAUUUCUACAAGCUGGAUGAUUCCCCAUCCGCUGCCCAACCUGGCCUGAAUACCGUGCAAAUUCCCGGUUUGGCUAAAGACCCAAGGCCAACAGCCGACAUCGUAUCGGCGGCCAUUACCAAGUAUGGCGUUCCAGACGACGAUCGCUUUGAGCUGUUGCACCGUGUUCGCCUUGCACAGUCCCUAGGCACCAGUGAAGCCAGGAUGCAGGACCGGGAAAAGCUCGCUGUUGUCCGGCUUUUGUCUAUCGCUAUUUUCUGCCACACCCAUGUGGAAUCUAUCGCACAGAACCUGAUAUUCUUGCCGAAUCCUACCCUUAUCACCAGCGUGGCUGAGUGUUUGCCUCCUCGGAUCCCAGCGCCUAUCCAGGUUGCCGCUCUCACUGCUCUCGAUGGUCUAGCCCGGUACAAAGGCAAGAUGGCAGAAGUAAUGGGGGCCAUCAAUGCGGGUGUCAGUCAUGGCAUUCUGAUGAGCGCAUUGAGGCGAAUCGUCACAGAGCUUGACAAGGCGGAGGAUGGGGCAGAGCUCAGUAGCAUUGGUGUGGAAGGCAUUGAGCAACUGCUGAGCUUUGUCACCUAUCUGGCCAGCAAUUCUCAGGGGGGCAAUAUGAUUGUUGGGGCUGGCCUGAUUCCUUUGUUGGUUCAGAUUAUUGACAACAAGCGAACCGCCGUUCUACCUGUUGUUCAAAAGACGAUGGCCUUGGUCGACAAUGUUCUUUAUGGGUACACCAAUGCAUUCAGCAUCUGGUUGAAUUCUAGAGGUCUUGAUGUGCUCGUUGAGCGAAUCAAGUAUGAAGUUGAUCGUGCCGUUGCUGAUUUGAGCUCUACUGAACAAGCAGACGGAGCCCCUGGUUCAAUUUAUGGACGCUUGCCCUAUAUGCAGUCAAUGGCGCUCAAGAACUUCAUGAGGUCAAUGCACAGGAUGAUGCAGUCGUCUGGAACAUCCGAAGGGUUCAGGAGCCUCAUCGAUUCAAGUCUAAGCAAGAGUGUCAAAACCAUUAUGAUCCACCGUAGCCUGUUUGGCCCUCAUAUCUUCGCACUGUCUAUAAACAUCAUGGCCACGUUCAUUCACAACGAACCUACGUGUCUGGGUAUCUUGCAGGAACAGCACAUACCAGAGACAUUUUACAACGCCAUUGCUUUGGGGAUGGAACCUGUGUUCGAGGUGGUUCAAGCUGUUCCUAAUGCUCUCGGCGCGCUUUGCCUCAAUCAAGCAGGUCAAGAUAUGCUGGCCGCUCGACCUGAUAUCAUUCCUAGCUGGUUCAGCAUUUUUUCCUCCGAGAAGCACGUGCGAGUUCUGCAAGAUCGAGAAAACGCAGGAGCGAUUGGGACUGUCAUGGACGAGUUGAUACGACAUCAUCCAUCCCUGAAGUCCGCGGUUAUGAAUGCCAUGAAGGGGGUAUUCGACAACAUCGAGCAAAUGGCGGCAUCUUUGCAGUCGACAGCAGGGGGUCUUGAUAGCUAUCGUCUAAAGCCCGUUCCCGACUCCGAUCAGGGCAAAGAGAAAGCAUCGGCAUUGAACGGUGGCCUAUCAUCUACCCUCGAGCUAUCAGAGCCCAAUACACCAAUGGCGGAGGUGUCUCCUGCAGGCCAGGGUGUAUCAGACAAUCCUGUGGUCAUGUCGAUCGACGUUCUCGGUCGCUUUAUGGACGGUCUUUUCCAGCAUACACCACACGUUCGCGAUUUUAUCAACAAAGCUGACGGCGUUGAGCGCGUCUGCAAGCUGUACACUCUGCCUUGUUUACCGGAGGAGUUUGCCUCUUCGUCUGCUGCUGAAGCACUCGUAGGUGCAUUGCGACUCAUGGCUGAGGUAAACCCACAAGUCACCCUUGUGAAAGUCCAUGAACAAGUACGCGCCAGCCUUCUCGCUACCGAGGAAUUUUGGUCUUCUCCCCAAGAAGCAUCCAAGUUAGCGCAGAUGGCGUCGAUAUCUGCGGAGGAUGAGCUGAGCAAGGCGAACGAAACCUUUCGACAAUUCGUGGUCCUACUCGGUCGUCUUACUUUCAUGGCCGACGUUUAUGCCAGCAUCAGUUUUUCGCAUGGGCGUUCAGCUACAACAUAUCUCCAAACACUUGCCUCGGGGAACGAUACCAGCUUUCUGGAAGACUUGGGCUCCCUCCACCGAUGCUGCAUACUGGAAAAUGUGCUCCUGAAAGCGAGCUGGGCUCCGUUGACGGAAGCCAAAGAGACCAGCAUCACAAACACUGCUGAUGUUGGUUCUGCCACUCAGCCCAUAAGGGAAGAAGUCGCUGUCGAAGAACAGCUGGAUGUUGAAGCUCCAGAUUCCGUCGUGGUCGGCGAAGGUGCUCAGAGCCCACAGGAGGCUAACAGGAAAGCUAUCAAGCACUUGAUGCGACAUAUCCCCCUGACUUUAACAACGUUUUUCCAAGCAAUCGUAAAAAUGUUUCUGUACAGUCGUCGUAACGUGGACAUGGCUCAAAAAAAGCAAGCUGCUGCCACAGCAUCAGCAAUCGCCCGGAUUCUGGUCCAACAUUUAAAGUGGCGACCUAGUGACGACUUCCUGGCGUCGCCUAUGUACAGCACUUACGUAACAGUCAUGCUUGGCCUGGUGACUAUAUUGUUUUUCGAUGAGCGGACGUCGCAAAAUAAUCUUCAGACUAUGCUGGUGAUUCAUUUCCGUGAAUCCGGUGGGCUCAACGCCAUUUUCGACAUCUGUCGCUCUUGGGUAACACGAGGCGCUCAGUUACUUGCUGGCGAGAAGACUCAAGAAGCCCAGCGGGAUCUUGUUCACGUUUUUGGCGGUCUCAAGGUUGCCUUGAAUCUGUUCGAAGCAUUGGUCGCUUCCAAGCCACUUUUCGACUCUGGUCAGACCACGUUACUCAUCACGCGUGACAAGAGACCGGGUGACAAGGAUUACUUCGAGCCGCAUGACUUUCUCAUCAAACUUCGUCUGGAAAUUCUCCCAAUUUGUCUGGAAAUGUGGGAUGCACCUUGGUCAGUAACACAUGCGGAGGAAUCUGGGGCUUUUGCCCCACCAUUGGGUGUUAUAAAGUCUAUCGUGCGCAUCAUGCAGCAUAUCAUGGAAGGUGAUGGCGAGGAACGACGAGUAGAGCCACCGAUCAACUCUAGCAGUCUGAACUGGGCAGCUGGUUUGUUCGGCCUCGGGGCCCCGCGUCCCGAGGUAGUUCCAAACGAAAACCGAGUCCAGCAACUCAUAGACAUGGGCUUCCCACGUUCUGCCGUCGAGAGAGCGCUGCGGCGCACAAACAAUAACGUGUCUGCUGCUACGGAAUACUUGCUCACGCAUCCCUCUGCGCUGCAACCUGAACCUGCACAACCGCCCGCAGUUGAACCCGCACCUGUUCCUCAGGCGCAAGAAGACGUGGACAUGGAAAAUGCUGAUGUUGCAAUAGCGGAAGGUGAUAUGCCCAUCGAGAUUGAGGAAGUUGUUCCUCAUGAAGAUCCGACAAGAAGUGGCACCUCAGAAGGUGUUCCAGUUGUUGAUAUGUCCGAAGAUGAGAUACCGGCAAUGGAGCCGCGUGUCGCCCGCGAAGAAAGCGACCAUGCGAACGAUGUAAAUGAUUCGACAACCGCCCCAGCCGAACAUACAGUGCCGGUUCGAAAUUACAAGCAAGAACUGGACUUACUCAGGGCAGCCAUCGAGCCGAAGUAUCCGAAGCGCGCCAUGCUUAUCGCCGAUGCUCACGAUUCCCUCGUCUUUGAGCUAAAGAGUGCAUUCAUCAGUGCUGAUGACGACUAUCACAGGAUGGCAUUCGAUGCCGUCCUGGAAGACAUCAAGCGUUUCGAUCCAGACGCGACAUCAAAUGAGCAUUCGCUGUCGGUUCGCUGCCAUCUACUUGCCUUGGUUCUCAACCAACCGUCUCCAAGUCACAGCGCAGCACUUCAUGAUAAAAUCGUGCCUGCAGGUGCCCUUAUUCUUCAACUGUUACAGAAUGCAGCACUCUCAUCAGAUUCUGAGAUUCUUCCAAAAUGGCUUAGCCCAGCGUUACUUGGCAUUGAAGCUGUCCUGAUAUUUGGCAACGAUUUUGUGGAGGCAAAACUGCCCGACAAUGACGACCCCAUCCAACAACCAUCAAUUCACUCCGGCCCAGAUUUCUCUGCAACCUAUGAGCAACUGUUCCCACUGUGUACAGAGCUGUUGGGCAACAGCCAUUUGACUCGUGAUGGUCUCAUCUCGAUAUUGAGAUUACUAGUCUUGAUUACCCGUCAGCGCACAUAUGCGGCCACUUUCCUAGCCAUGGGUGGCCUUUCGCUUCUAUUGGGACGUUUCAAAGCACCGACGAAAGAUCAGUUUGGAUGUCAGGUGUAUCUGAUGCUCAUUUUGAGGCAUCUUGUGGAGGACGAAGCUGUACUGCAAACCGCGAUGAAGGAUGCUGUGGUCGACUGGUUCCAUCAACCUCGUAAUCGGGUCGUGGAUGCUUCUACUCUUCUCAAGAAUGUGUACAUGGUUGCUCUUCGCGAUCCAGAGCUCUUUUUGGAUGAAGCAACCUCAUUGUGUCAGUUGCAGAGUCCCAAUACUACUGGCGGUAGCCAUCACGUCUCCUUACGUCCAACACCGAAAUUCAAGUCUUCACAUACUGAUGAGAAUACGGACUCAAACGACGAAUUGUUCAGAGUGGCACCUUCAUGCGAAUCGCUCGAGACGGUGGUGUCAUAUCUGAUUGAGGAAUUGCUUCAAGUGGACAGGGCGAGUUCAGCUGCUACAACGGUCAACGUCGACAGCAAGGCUGAUAAGGUGAGGGAGGCGAUUGUAGCGGACGUUAUUGAAGGACCACAAGCUAGAAAUUCAGCUUCAGAUCCACCGGAACACGUCUACUUGUGCGAGCUGAUGUCAUGGUUGACAGAGCUCGUCACCUCAUACGCCGGCUGCAAGAUUGCCUUUGUCAAUCACGGGAGAAGACGGCCGGGGAAGGAAGUCGUCACCACACCGGCCAAACAUAAACCGACUGUGCUGAAUCUCAUGCUCCAAGACCUACUCUUCGCGGGGAGCCUGAAUCCGAAACCUGCUGCAGAUAUGCAGUAUCGCUUGACAUCCGAGAUUGGCAUCUGGGCAAUGAGCUUAAUAACGGCUCUGUGUCGAGAUGAGUUUCCGGCUCACGAAGGGAAAGACGCCCAUCCAGAUUUGACUGCGGUGCGAAAGGCUGUGUUGGAUGCCAUCACGAAAGCCUUCCGGGACACCAUGGUUAUCGACAAUCAAGAGAUCAGAUAUGAUAAGUUACGUGCCCUUGCAGACCUCUGUCAUCACCUUCUUGGAGUCCGUCCAGGAACGACCAGCAAGCUGGACGAUGCUGCUGUUCACAUUGCGAAGCUGAUGCUGGAAAAGAAUUUUGUCAGCAUGCUCACAAGCAGUCUUGCAGAGGUCGAUCUCAACUACCCACACAUCAAAACGCUCAUCAAUGCAAUCCUUCGCCCGCUGGAACAGUUAACACGAGUUGCCAUAAAAAUGGGACGAGCUUCGGACAAGGAGCGAGACAAAGAUCAUACAGCAUCGAGUCCGCAUAUGAUAAGUGAACAAUUGGCGGCUGUAUCUCGCGAAGAGACACCGGAUCUCUACCGUAAUUCGGCUCUUGGAAUGUUUGGUGGCGAAAUGGAAGAGGUGUAUGAAGAAGGUGACCUUCACGAUGAAGAAGAGGACGACGAGGAAGGGCAGAUGGAGGUCGAGUUUGUUGAUGGGGAUAGUGAGGGUUCAGACCUCGACGACGAAGAUGAAAUCGAUGAUGAUGAGGACGAAGGUGAUGAGGACGAGCAGAUGGGUGAUGAGAGCGCCGCUUCCGAAGAAGAAUGGGAAGACGACAAUGGAGACGAGGACGAGGGGAUGAUCGGAGACGAGGAGGGUACGGAGGACGAGGAGGAGUCUGUGGAAGGGGAUGAGGAGGCCGAAGACGAAGAAGAGGCAAUGAUGUGGGAGGAGAAUGCAGAGGGCCUGCCAAAUCCGGAGGACGGUGAAGGUGAGGACGAUGAUGAACCUGGUAUCCCUGUGCAAAUGAUAGAUGAGGACAUCCUUCCAAACGAUGAAGACGAUGGCUCGGAAGUCGCAGAUUUUAAUGUCGCUGAAGAGAUUGGUCUCUUAGAACCGCAGUAUCUGGAGCUCGGUUCCGAACGCCGGGGUGGGUGGCGUCCAGCCCUCCAAGCGCUCCAGGCCACCGCGGCAGGAGGGGAGCCCCCUCUAUUAUUCCCCCCCAUACGUAGAGGACGAGUGGUGGUGGAUGCAAGCGAAGAUGAUCUCAUUGGGAGAUCUCGCAACUCCCGAAACGGCGCCUUUGACUUCCCACAUCCUUUACUGGUGGAUCCUAUGGGCAGUCACUCGCAGGCUUCUAGCCAGGGCCGCACCUCCCAACGACGCGGUCGGAAUCAUGCGGUUUUCGAUGCUAAUGGGCUCCUGGUUAAUCCGGCACUUGAAACCUUGGGAGAUGCGGUCAAUAUGUUAGGCCAGCUUCUCACCCGUGGUCACGGGGAACCUUCGGAAGCGGAGUUCUCUGGUCCCCUAGCUGCUUUGUUUGGAGCCAAUCGGGACAAUAGCCGGCAUCAUUCUGCCCGACGCCAUCUUCACAGCCACGUCAGUUUGGCAACGCAACGGCAGGAACGCGAGCGAUCUCUGCUCGAUGAAGAUGAUUUUGGUGCCACUUCAAGCAUUCACCGAUGGCAGGAAGAGGCUGCCUUGGCGCAAGGGCAUCUCGCUGUUGACCGUGCCCAGAAGCUCAGCAAUCACCUUAUCCUACGGCUCCUUCCCGCUGCACGGGAAGUCGCAGCCCAAGAAGCUGCAGCCGCGGAGAAAGCGCGACUGGAAGAAGAAAGAAAGGCUGAAGAGGCGAGGAAGGCAGAAGCAGAAAAAGAAACAGAAGCGAAUGCUGUUCAGAUGGACAACAUCGACGGCGCUGAGCCUAGUCAUGAAGAUGCCCGCGGUGAAGCUACAGAUCGAACAAGCCGACACGAAGAGAUCCUCCCGAACGGCCCGUCUGACGAUACCUUAGCAGCCCCCCACGAAGGUGAUAUGGCCGUUGAAGAAGCUGUUCUCAUCACAGCUGAGGCAGAGCAUGACCGGUCUCAAGAGCCUCUCACAAGCACACAAGACGACAACGUUGUUGCCAGUGAUUCUGCUGAGGAAGGGAGGGUUGAAGAGACCAUGCCGGGCACCUCCGCUCCGGGUCCCCGUGUCACUGUUACCGUACACGGAAAUCCUGUUGACAUCACAGACACCGGUAUCGAUCCAACUUUCCUGGAGGCUUUGCCAGAUGACAUGCGCGAAGAAGUUCUUAACCAACAUUUCCGAGAGCAACGCACUACAAUCCCUCAAGAGCUGCCUCCGGGGUCUGCCAUCAGUGCCGAAUUCUUGGAUGCGCUCCCGCCAGAUAUCCGAGCUGAGAUUCUGCAGCAAGACGCGGCCGAACAACGUCGUGCUGUCCGAGAAGCCGCAGCCGCAGCCGCCAACGCUAUAACGAGUACGGUUGGGCCAGUGGACAUGGAUGCAGCAACAUUCCUUGCUACUUUGGAUCCGCAGCUACGUUCAGUUGUAUUAUUGGAGCAGGAUGAUGUCCUGUUGCAAACAUUGCCCUCAUCCAUUGUCGCCGAAGCGAACGACUUACGAGCUUUGCAGAGGGAGUUGAUGCGACAGCGCGGUGCCUCUGUGCGGGCCCCACGGACAACUGCGGCAGAUCCAUCCGAGCCCACCAGUCACAAGAAGACUGCACGGGAUGCGAUCCAGCUCCUGGAUAGGACCGGCAUCGCCGUACUGGUUCGUCUUCUGUUCUACCCACAGCUCCUUCGCAAGAAUUAUCUCCAUAAAAUUCUGGUCAAUAUCUGCGAGAACGGAAAGACCCGGGGAGAGCUCAUUAACCUGUUGCUAAAUAUUUUGCAAGAUGGAACGGGGGACUUGGCUGCAGUCGACAAAGCAUUCGCACAAUUGAGUGUUCGAACUGCGAAGAGUCCAACCUCCCCGAAGUCGGCAACGAAGCACAAAACGCAGCACGAGCUUCCUGGUAUUUCAUUCUCCCUACCUCCGCUUUCGGGAGAGAAUGUUGCCGGCUUGGUCGCGCAGCGGUCGAUCGAAGCUCUGUCAUAUAUCGUGAACGCCAAUGAGCAAGCUGCAAUUGUCUUCCUUAUGGAGCACGAGACGCCUUUGGGAUUGCGACGCCCAGCCUCAAAGAAAGGUAAAGGUAAAGAGAAGCAGAGUACUUCGACGAAGUACCCCAUUGUUGUGCUGUUAGGCCUGCUCGACCGUCCGGCAAUGCUCAGCACCGGCUCACUGAUGGAUGGUGUUGCAGCGUUGCUGGCCCUCAUCACACGACCUCUCACCUCACUGGAAAGCAAAGUCGCCCAGUCGUCUUCUGCUGGCGCUGCUGCUGUUGAGGAUCUUUCCCGUACCACGAACUCGGAAGGAGCCGUCAAUACUGGGGCUGUGGAUGACGGCAUUGUGACCGAUAGAGGUUUGACUUACAGUUUGAGUCAAUCUAUUCAACAAAUUCGUGUAGGUACUGCAGCACCCACUGCACCUGGCGAGCCCGAGAAGCCGGCAGAGGAGAGUGUACCUACGCCACUCCUCCCCCAUCCUCCACAAAUUCCUAAUCACAUCCUACGACUUAUCGUCAACAUCCUCACCGUCGGCGAGUGCAGCAGUCGCACAUUCCAGCAGACACUCGCCCUGAUCUCCCACCUCUCCUACUUACCGGAGGCGAAAGAUGUGAUUGCUUCGGAGCUGAAGACUCGGGCACAGAGCUUGGGAUUGAGUCUUCUCUCGGACCUUGAUGAUUUGGACAAAGUUCUAGAAGACCCAGUUGCUGACGACGAGAGGCGCAAUGCCGUCGUAGCCAAGUUUUCACCCGCUUCUUCGGAUCAGGCGAAGCUUCUUCGGAUCCUCAAGACGAUAGACUACAUGUUCCAAGUCAGGAAGACAUCAACGUCGAACAUGCAAAAUGCAGCCCCUACAGGUGGAGACGGAAACACGACUACCGUCGCUCCUGUUAUGCCUGAAGCAACAGAAUCAGACAAAGUUUAUGGAAUCUAUGAAGGGUUCCAUUUCACACCGUUAUGGAAGAGGUUGGGAGAUUGUCUGGCUAAUGUCGAAGACCAGACGAACACCGAACAUAUCGCAACUGUUCUUCUUCCACUGAUCGAAUCACUAAUGGUAGUGUGCAAGUAUGUCGCCCCAAAAAGUGCUGGUAACAGCGCGGUUCGACUUGUACGGGGCUCCAUGUCGCCUCAAUCGCCACUCACGCCUCGAGAAUCAAUGGAGGACCUUUUCGUCGGUUUCACCGAUGCGCACCGCAAGAUGCUCAAUGUCAUGGUUCGCAGCAAUCCAUCCUUGAUGAGUGGGUCAUUUGCCCUUCUUGUGCAGAACCCUCGCGUGCUGGACUUCGACAACAAGCGGAACUAUUUCAAUCAACAACUGCACAAGCGUCCUCACAGCAGGGAGCUUCAUCAGACAUUACAACUUAACAUCCGCCGGGCACGUGUAUUCGAGGACUCGUUCCAAUACCUUCAACGCAAAACCGGGGAUCAAAUCAAAUACGGCAAGCUGAGUAUUCGUUUCUAUGAUGAAGAGGGCGUAGAUGCUGGAGGCGUGACGAGGGAAUGGUUCCAAAUCCUUGCUCGUCAAAUGUUCAACCCGGACUACGCCUUAUUCCAACCUUGUGCCGCAGACCGACUCACGUACCAGCCGAACCGAGCCUCCUGGAUUAACCCAGAGCAUCUUCUGUUCUUCAAAUUUGUCGGACGCAUCAUCGGAAAAGCGAUUUACGACGGCAGACUGCUGGAUGCUCACUUCGCAAGAUCCUUCUACCGUCAGCUGCUGGGGAAGCCAGUUGACUACCGAGAUGUAGAAUGGGUUGAUCCGGAGUACUACAAUAGCCUGUGCUGGAUUUUGGAGAAUGACCCUGCUGUGCUUGACCUGACCUUCAGUGUAGAAGCGGAUGAGUUCGGUCAGAUGAAGAUGAUCCCGCUGAAGUCAGACGGCGAGAAGAUGCCUGUCACUAACGAAAAUAAGCGGGAAUACGUCCAGCUCGCCGCGCAGCAUCGUCUUGUCACAUCCAUCAAGGAUCAGAUUGAGCACCUGCUGUUAGGAUUCUUCGAGAUCAUCCCUAAGGACCUCAUCACAAUUUUCAAUGAGCAGGAAGUGGAGCUGCUGAUUUCUGGAACGCCUGAUAUUGAUGUGGAUGAGUGGCGGGCAGCCACAGACUACAAUGGCUAUGUUCCUUCAGAUCCAGUCAUUGUCUGGUGGUGGCGAGCGCUCAAGUCCUUUAGUCGCGAAGAGCGUGCCAAGAUGCUAGCCUUCGUGACUGGUACCUCUCGUGUGCCCUUGGAUGGCUUCAACGCACUCCAAGGCGUGCAGGGCGUGCAACGGUUCUCCAUCCACAGAGCGUAUGGUGAUCCGGAUCGCCUGCCCCAAGCGCAUACAUGCUUCAACCAGAUUGACCUACCGUCAUACACAUCGUAUGACAAACUGCGUACUCAGCUCCUUUUAGCAAUCAACGAGGGAGGAGAAGGGUUUGGAUUUGCCUAAACGCUUGCAUAUUUUCUCUCUAUCAUUGGUUCCGACCCGUGCAUUGCAACUGUGCCCCUCUUUUCAGCUCGCAAAUCCCGCAUGUGUAAUACCCUCCCAAUUCGCAUUUUUGCUCCAUUGUGUAGUACUUUGCCGGUAGUCUUUUGCCGUUAUUGAAUCCC